AUUACUCAGCUCAAAGAAAAGGAAAAACAGAGCCAACAUGGGCGAGUUGACCCGCCUCCGUCUCUCGAGCUCGCGGCCUCCGGCGCCGGCACCGGCGCCACCGGAGGAGGACGACGACCUCCUCUCCGAGAUCCUCCUCCGCCUCCCCCCACUCCCGUCCUCCCUCCCGCGCGCCUCCCUCGUCUGCAACCGCUGGCGCGGCCUCGUCUCCGCGCCCGCCUUCCUCCGCCGUUUCCGCGCCCACCACCGUCGCCGCGUCGGCGGCCCUCCGCCUCCCCUGCUCGGAUUCUUCGAGGACGCCCUCUACGGCGUCUCCUUCACCGCCACCCUCGACGCACCCGACCGCAUCCCGGACGGGCGCUUCUCCCGGCGGUUCGACGACGGCGGCAGCGCGCCCAUAGUCCUCGGCUGCCGCGACGGCCUCGUGCUCAUCCUCGACCCGACGUACCCCCUCGGCCAGAUCGGGGUCCUCAUCUGGGACCCCGUCACGGGCGACCAGCGCCGCCUCACCGUGCCUCCGGCGCUCGACGACGGCUACACGGAGAUCUACAACGGGGCGUUGCUCCGCGCGGCCGCCGGAGCGCGCGGCGGCGACCACCGUUUCCAGUUUCAGCUGGUCAUGGUGGGUGUCGAUAGGAAACACACCCGGGCGUUCGCCUGCGUCUACUCGUCCGAGGCCGGCGUGUGGGGCGACCUCAUCUCAGCCCCCCUGGUUUCCAUGAGCUACCACACCGUGGUCUCCAUGAGUAUUUCCAGCACCUUGGUUGGGAAUUCCCUUUACUGGUCGGUUUUCGGAAACUCUGCAUACGGCAUCCUGGAGUUUGAUCUGGAUACGCAGCGAUUAGCCGUGAUUCCGGUGCCGGUGAGCUCGUCUAGCAGUGUCAAUUGGUCCUUCUGGGCUAUGCCCAUGGAGGAUGGUGGCCUUGGCUUCCUCUAUCUAUUAGACUUCAGCACCCAGUUAUGGAAGAGAACGACCGAUCGUGACGGCGAUGUUUCAUGGGUGCUGGCAAAGACUAUUGAAUUGGACAAGCUUCUUUCCCUUGAUAAGAAGAAAUCGUGUCCAAUGAUGCUGGGGUUUUCUGAUUGCAAUAACGUGGUGUUCUUCUUGACGGUUACCGGUUUAGUCAUGGUCCAGUUUGAGUCAAUGCAGUUCAAGAAACUAGCUCAUACACGACUGGAUUUGUCUCUGGUUCAUCCACACGUGGUUCAUCCAUUCUCAACUGUCUAUACUGCAGACAUGGGCACUGGCGUUGGGGAUGACAGAGCUGAACUAUUGGACAGUACAUAAGACGAUUGUCUGAUUAGAUAAACUAUUGUGAUGCAUUGGUUGAGCAGGUAAAUAGAGUUUUAUCAUGGUUGCUGACGGAAUGGCUUCCGAGCAAAGGUUCUGUUCAUGAAGUUGACCUUGUAGGGUUUUUUAUUCUUCAGACUACCAAUAAUGUAAACAGUUAUGCAACACAGCAGCUUGCUUGGACCGCGGUAUCAUCAGCUCCCUCUGGCUGAUCUCGCUCAUCUAUAUAUAUCUGGUGCCCUUUUGCUCAUGUGCCAUGUUGUAUCUGGUGUGGGGAGACCUGGAUCUCGAAUCGCGGCUACAUUGAAUACUGAAUAUGAAGGGUUUGCGAGUCUUUGGGCCA